AUGAAAUUGUUUGGUUUUUUGAAAAGACAAACAAAUAAUUAACAUCAUGUUAUUUACUCAAAUAAUGAUGAAUAUCUUGGUAUUUGCUUUUUAUUAAUUUGUAAAGGAGAGAUGAAAGACAACAUGAAACAUGGUAAAGGAAUGUAUAAGUUUGCUAAUGGUAACCGUUAUGAAGGGGAAUGGUAUUAAAAUAAAAAACAUGGAACUGGAAAAUAUUAUUACAAUAGUGGAGAAUUAUAUAUUGGAUAAUGGUAACAUAACAAGAAGAAUGGACAUGGACAACAUUUUGGAGUUUAUGGUGAUAGAUAUGUUGGACAAUGGAUCAAUAAUUGUAAACAUGGACGAGGUACUAUUUAUUAUGCUGAGAACUCAAUAUACUCAGGUAUUUAUAUACAAGUAUCAAUGUAGGUGAAUUUUAAGACAAUAAGAAGCAUGGUCCUGGCUAUUUUUACAAUUCAAUUACUAGAGAGCUGACUUAUUAAUUAUAUGAUAAUGAUAAAUUAAAAGAGUAAAAAGUAGUUGAUUAAGUUCCUUGUGAUUUUGAAAACGUGUUUUCUGCUUAUUUAGUGAUAGAUAAUUAUAAAUUAUAUCCUCAACCAUUACCCAAUAGUAAAUAAGAGGAAAUACACUAAAUCUAGCAGGAAACACAUGGAUUCGAAACUUUAUAGGCAUUGAAUGAGACAGUGACUUUGAAAGGGAAAAAGAAAAGUAUUUAAAUCUUAUAUUAUAUUUUAAUUUAAUAGUGUAAGAAUGGAAUAUAGAUGAGGUUUGUACUUGGUUAGAUUGUUUAGGAUUAUCAUAAUAUAAAGAAAAUUUUAUUAAAAAUCACAUGAUCGGAGAGAUUUUACACGAUCUAACAGAUGUUGAAUUAAAAGAAGAAUUAGGUAUUGAGAUAUUGGGACACAGAAAACUAAUACUUCAGUAAAUUAAUAUACAUAAGAAAUAUUAUAUCAAAAAAAUGGCAGGGUAAAUCCAUAGAGCUGAUAGUGAAAAUUCAGGUGAUUAAUCAUCAAAAUAUGAUUAACUGUAUUCUAUAAUCCAAAAGAUUGAACCUACAGCAGUAGAAAGUCCUGGAAUGGAAGUUUUAAAAUAAAAGAAAUCAAAACGUAAAAGAUCAUCAGGAUCAGAUGAUAAAUAGACAUCACCUGAAUAAUAAGAAUAAUAAUAAGAGACUGCAAAAUUCUCACCAAAAUAAGGGAAUUAAGGUUAAAGUUUAAAAGUAGAAUCUAAUAAGGUAGUAAGUAAUUUUAAUUUUAAUAAUGCUUCUGGUUCAGAAUAUUCAGAUGUAAGUUCUUGCAGUUCUAAUGAAAAAUAAUAGGAAUAGUAAUAAGAAAAUAAUUCACCUAGCAAAUAUAAUAUAUUAUAAGAGAAGAAUCUAUAAUAGAAACAUUAAGAGAAACUUAUGAGUUUAUUGAAAAAUUUAGGAAUCAAUGAGAAAUUGUUGAUUAAUUAUUAAGAAAUUAAAUAAGGAUCUUAGAUUGGAAAAGGUAGUUAUGGAAUUGUUUUUAAAGGAAUUUGGCUUGGUUAAGAUGUAGCUAUUAAAUCUUAUUGUAAAAGGAAAGAUGAAUAAAAACAUAAAUAAUUAAUGGCUGAUUUUCUAAAAGAAGUUUAAGUUAUUUCUAAUUUAAGACAUCCUAAUAUAGUUCUGUAUAUGGGUGUUUGUAUAAAGAGACAUAAUUUUUACUUAAUUACUGAGUAAUUAACGAUAUAAUUUUUAGAUAUAUGGAAAAUGGGAGUUUAUAUGAUCAUAUUCAUAAAAGGAAAACUAAAAAUCUUAAUUUUAUAUAAAUUAUUGAAGAUAUUACUUUAGGAAUGAAUAAUCUUCAUGGUAGAAGAAUAAUGCAUUGUGAUUUGAAAUCAUCUAAUGUUUUGAUUGAUUAAAAUUGGAAUGUCAAAUUAUGUGAUUUUGGACUUUCAAGAAUUAAAAGCAAGAAAACUAAAAGUAUGAUUGGAACACCACAUUGGAUGGCACCUGAAAUUAUGAGAGGAGAACCUUAUACUGAAAAAUCUGAUGUAUAUUCUUUUGGAAUGAUUCUAUGGGAAAUUAUAACUGGUAAAAUACCUUAUGAAAAUCUUUCUAUUACAUAAAUUAUUGGAACAGUUGGAUGGGGACAUACUUAAGUUGAGAUCCCUUAAUUUAGUAAUCCACCUAUUUUGGCUAUUUUAGCUAAGGAUUGUCUAUAAAGAGAUUCUUCAUAAAGACCAACCUUUGCUAAAAUACUAGAAAGAAUUUAAGAGAGUCAAAAACAGAAAUGUUAAAACAAAGAGAAAGCUAAGAAAUUUUUAAUUGAUUUUUUAUCCAAUUGA